ACCACGUUAAGUGCGAAACGCAAGCAAAAGUGUCCUGUCAAAUAAUUAAAAAAUAUGAGAGAAAAGCUGUUGUAUUUUGUUUGAGAUACAUUUCAAAUAUUUUCCUUUUAAUUAGAAGAUUAGAUGUGAAGUUGCAGUACCUACGAAAAUGGAAGAUUUUAUAGAAACCCGAGGUGCAAGUGUAAAGAAGGCAGCAUCUUCAGAUUUUAUGAGAAUAACUUUUGAAAGUCGACCAACAAAAUCUCAGAAUUGUUCAAUUAAUGAGAAUUCAAAGACAAAAGAAUGUGAUCGUUAUUUAAAAGUCGACAAAGAGUCUAGUAUCGAUCUUAAGAAAAAGCAAGAUUUGGAAAUGAAAAGAGCCAGAUAUGAUGUUAUUAAGUUUGGCAUGUCUGGUUUUGCGAAGGCAAAGGCACAGGAGGCAAAGAUCGCUCUUGCAGUAAGUUUAGGGGCCAAACCACCUAAAAAUAGGCAAACAAAUUAUAAAAUUUUAAAGGCUGAAAGAUAUAAAGCAAAAUUGAAAGCACAAAAGGCGCAAGCAGUUUCUGGUUUAAAAAAUAGCUUAGUCAAACCAAAAUCUAGGCAAAGAAGUAGGAAAGAAGGUGGUAUUUUAGGACUUUAUGGAAAAGUGCAAAAAAACAGUGCAACUCCAAGUAAAAGAAACAACACUAAUAAAAAAGGGAAAGCAAAUAACAGUAAAAAUUAAGAAUCGAUAUACUCAUUAAUGACUUUUAUUAUUUUACUCGUUACAAUGUCAAUCUAUUGCUAACGGUAACAUUCUAUGUACUCCAUGUUAUAUACUGUACAAAGAAUAACAAGUAAUAAAAUAAUAUUUUUAUUUA